UUGAGCCCACCCCGUCGCGCCUUCCCCUUUAAACUGUGGCCGGCCGCGUCGUCGCUUCAUGAAUGGAGCCCACGUGACCAAACAUCAUGUGACGUCUGAGGAGCGGCGGCGGCGGCACUGGUGGUGGUGGUUCCCGAGCCCGGUUCAGCCCAGCCUUCCCAGCGCUUUCGGCCCGGUCCGCGUAGGCGGCCAGCCCCCAACCCCAGCCCGGGCCCGGACCCUUCGCGCCGGUCCCUGCCCCGUGGCCUUCCCCGGCCUACUGGGCCCGCAGUGUGCCCCUGCCUCUGUGGCAGCCUUCAGUUCCCCUUCCCCCAUCAUAUCUCUCUGACCUCCUACCUGGCCAUCUAGGGACAGGGCUGUGGAGGAGCCCGGAGGAGAGGCAAGGGCAAAAGACUAUCCUCAUCAGAGUGCCUGCUCACUGUGCCCCCGGGUUAUGACGACCCCCAAUAAAGGAAACAAGGCCUUGAAGGUGAAGCGGGAGCCUGGCGAGAAUGGCACCAGCCUGACAGAUGAGGAGCUGGUGACCAUGUCAGUGCGUGAGCUAAAUCAGCACCUGCGGGGCCUGUCCAAGGAGGAGAUCAUCCAGCUGAAGCAGCGCCGGCGCACUCUCAAGAACCGCGGGUACGCAGCCAGCUGCCGAGUCAAGCGGGUGACCCAAAAGGAGGAGCUGGAAAAGCAGAAGGCGGAGCUGCAGCAGGAGGUGGAGAAGCUAGCCUCAGAGAAUGCCAGCAUGAAGCUGGAGCUUGAUGCCCUGCGUUCCAAGUAUGAAGCCCUGCAGAACUUUGCCAGGACCGUGGCCCGAAGCCCUGUAGCCCCAGCUCGGGGUCCUCUUGCUGCCGGCCUGGGGCCCUUGGUCCCUGGGAAGGUGGCUGCCACCAGCGUCAUCACAAUAGUAAAGUCCAAGACGGACGCCCGGUCUUAGGAAUAUGUGUGAUUGCUAGGCGGUUCUUCGAGGGGCCACUAGGCGCAUGGCAAAGUUGGCAGCCCUGUCCCUCUUCCUCUUUUUUCUUCCUCUCCUCCUCUCCCCCAUCCUCCCUUCCCUGCAAAGCACAACCUGCACCCCAGGGGGGCUGGGCUGAGCCCCUUUGAUCUCAUCGUUGUCGUGCGUGUGUUUUGUGCGUUGGGAUUGGUCAGUUUGGCAGUGAUGUUGGGUUGCCCCAACCCCCUUUGUACCAAGGCCAUGUGGGCUGGGAGUCUAGAGUGGGCACUGUGAGAAUGGGCGAGGGAGAGACCCCAAGAGCAAGUGAGCAAGUGCACUGGGCCUCAGGUCUGCCCUCCUGCAUGCCUGUAGGCCCCACAGGCUGCUGGGCUGGGGGAUGGGACUCAAGGGGUUCUCCAGACCCAGCCAGGCAGCUCAGCUCAGCCUAGCAAAAAGAGAUGGGCUCCACUCUGAGAAGUGAGAUGCCCUUGAGUGCCCAGGACAGGUAAACCACCAGCCUAGGCUCUCUGGAUGCUGGGGCAGGGGCCACAGCACUUGGGCCUGAUGUGGUGCACUGAACAAGACCAAAUCACUGGUUAUAUGUGUGGAGGGUAUGUCAGUGUGUCCUGCGAUGGGUCCUGUGUCAUUGUUUACAUGACCUAUUUGUGUGGUUAUAUAGCCCUUUAUUUAAAAGAAAAGUUCCUUUUACGAAGUUAUUAAAUUAUAUGUUUAAGAGCUAAAGAGAAAAAAAGAGCUGCAGAGUAUUUAUAAAAUUGUCUUUAAAAAAAAAAAAAAAAAAAACAUUUGACCGUAUAAAUGGAAAAGGGAAGAAAGUAUGAUAGAAACUUUGCUAGUUUAAAAAAAUCCCUUUCUUGUAAAACUUAUGGACAACUCUUUGUGGCUGUUGGAAUUUAGUUUUUAUAUACACAGAGUUAUCAGACAUUAUUUAUAAAACUUAGUUUAAAAAAAAGACAAAAAAAAAAAAAAAAAAAAAAUGCCAAGCCGCGAGCCAACCGGAGGCACCCUCUUUGAUAUCUUUUGCAAUUGUACCGAAAGUGACUUACUCUUCUGCCCUUCCUGCUUCUGUCUCUUGCCGGUGCCGUGGUGUCCGUGCCUGGUGAGGUUUUGUGCAGCCGUAAAGUGCUGGUGCUUCUGGUGACCUUUGACCUGUGGCUGUCCCUUCUUGUGUGUUCUCCUGUGUUUGUUUUUUGGAUUUGGUUGUAUUUCUGCUGCUGGUUUGCCAGACCUGAGCUAGGCUGGGUCUUAGUACCUGCUCUAUCCAAGUGUAUGGAGGGGUCUGUACAUAGGACCCUAGCUUCUGCUUUCAGCGCCUGCCAUGUUCCCAGCUUGUCUACCACCAGCCUCUGCCACUCUUACCCACCCCUGCUGAGCUUUGGUUUCCUCUGUGUCUGGAGCUUGGGCUGAUCCUGUGGUAGGGUAUGGUGAAACUGAGGGGCCAUUGGAGUCCCCGCACUGCUUCCACAUCCACCACCUCUGGCCCUGGGUGGUGGUGAUACAGGGACCAAGAUUCACUGUGGGUUCCCACAAGGUCAUGGCUAAGCUGUCCCUGGCUGUCUUCCUUCUGCCUUGGCUAUGUUCAUAUAGGCUUCAUGAGGAGCCACAGGCAGGACCCCUUGGGACCAUCUUGUGGGUUUCAAGUCCCAGCAUUCAUUUAUCCUAAACUGUUUCCAUGCUAUGUGGGGUGUUGCUUCCCAUGCAAAUUGGUCGUGGGCCCCACUAAGGGCAGCCCCUUCCUCUCCUGCCUCACUAUGAGGUCCUGGGUGGCUUCACCAGUCCCAGGCAAGGGCUGUGACUCCAGAGCUAGGUCUUUUUCUUCUCUGCUGGUCCAUGCCAGUAGCUCUUUGCUCUGGAACCUUCUUCCACCUUCCUUUGGAGUCUGUCUUCCAGAGACCUGAUGCUCAACUUGGAGGUGCUUCUUGAGGAGUCCAACCUCCCGAUUCCAUCUCCCUGGUGAAGACUCACAGCUUCCUUCCAGGGUCAGCAUAGGAAGCUCCUCAUGGGCAUGUGGCUUGGGUGGAUGUUCAUGUUCCCACCUGAAAGAGCCUGUUGUCUGAUCUCUAGCCACAUGGGCCUUGCGCUUUCGCCAGAGUUGCUGGCAUUUCUCUGGGGACCCUGGAACCCAAAAAGCACAGAAAUAUGGGUUGGUGAGAGAAGCAGGGCCUGACAGGGCUUCACUUCAUAGAUAGCAGGGUUUUCACUGAGUUUGACAGCAUAUCAUGUGAUAGAAGCUGAGUAUCUUUUGGCUGUGGUUUCUUGACAGGCUGCUUUUGCUCAAGAUGGUCAGACUCUACUAUAGGUAUCUGAGGCUGCAAAGGAAUGUUGUGUCUGUUGGCAUCAUCCCUUCCCUCCGUGGGGUUGUCUAAGUCCAGAUGAGAGUUGCUCGAGUUGACUGUGUAGCAGUUAGAGAAUGUCAAUGGGUUGUGCUUACGGUAAAGAAAGGGGUGAGGGACAUACACAUUUGGACCUGGCUGUGUGGUGGUGUCUCACUGAAUGUGCCCUCCAGGUGCAGACCAGAUCACACAGGGAGUGUGCUAGUGGUGAAGAGGAGGCCGGGGCUGGGUUUGUGUUCACAGAAGGUGUGGGUCUUGGUUCCAAGUUUACAGAACCUUCUCUAGUUGGUAAGGCCAUGCGUUCUUUUGUGGUUUUUGGAUUUGGAGCACCUGUUCCUUGAAUUGGGGAGUAUACUGGCUCCUUGUCAGGCCAUCACUGCAGGGCACAUCACUCCUUUGUUGCCAUCUUGAUUUAUUGACAGUAGAUCUUGUGUCCACAUCUGUUAGCUGUCUUUCUGAUCCUGGUUAAUUCCGUUUUCCUGCUGUGAGGGUAUUGUGGUCUACUUUCAUUUCUCAGCUUUUCUGACACAGCGAAUUGAGGGCUUUGGCCAAGGCCAGGUCUCCCAAACAUGUCCGCUAAGUAAAUCAUAAAGUGUGUCUUCCUUCCCAUCUUGACUUUUUGUCUCUUAUCCUUCUCUUAUCUUGAAAUGUACACUCAGAUUUCAGAGGAAAAACCCAGGGUGAACAGGUCAGCUCUUGCCAAAGAGUAUGGCCCCAGGGCACCCUCCCUGUGGUCCCUGCCUGCUGCUCCAGGGUGGCUCUGCCAUUAGUUCAGGUGCUCUGUGGCUGCUCUGUGUUGUGUGCAGGGUUUUCUGCUGGCACCAGGCCUCCCAGUAGGCUGCCCUUGGUCUGCUCUUGAGGUCUGUGUGCUUGCCUAUGACUGUCAGCAGUAGCCUCAGUGGUCAGUGCCUGGGCUUGCAGCUUUGAUAAACCAUAGCAGGCCACAUCUCUGCUGCCUUCCUCUCUGGAGUGGCCACUUGGCCAAAGUUCCCAUCCACAGCUGGGAAACCUGAGCCACAGCCUACUGCACCAUUUCCUCUCUGGGAUCUUGUGAGUUACUUUUUUAGGCUGUGGUUUGGUGAAAGGAACCAACACAUUAACGACUUUUUCCCCCCAGAAGCCACUGAAUAAUUCUUGGCAUGUUUUUGCUUUCCUGUUGGGUGUUCGGUUUUGGAGCAGUUGUGGAGAGCAGAGAACAUAAUCAGUGGCGCACAGAGGCAAGGGUGUGCCCAAGCUUCCCAUGGCCCGCCCUCCUUCUGGCCUGCAUGACCUGGGUGUAUGCUGUUCCUGCUGGGCCAGUCACAUACAUUUUUUACCACACCCCUGGAACAGCCACGUUGAUACAGGUGUGCCUCCAGUUUGAGAUGGAGUGUAAUUGUUCCAAUUAGCUGUGAGACCUCUCACUUUUUGGUGACCCUAGUGGGGCUCUCAACCCCAUCAGCCGCCUCAUGUCCCAGCCCUGCCCUUCCUCCUGUUCCCUCCAUUUGCUAGUCCCUGAAGCCUUUAACCAAACGGGAGUGGGUAGAGAAAGCCUUCUCCUGACAAUUUAGGGCAACAGGACAAGGGCUAUCCGGUCCCACUCUGUUGGUCUUUCUGUUGAGGUGUGUCCAAACAAGAGUUCACCUAUGGACUAAACCAGGGAGUCCUGGGAUCUGCUGAGGUGAGAUGGGGUAUCCUUGAAGAUCUGAAUGAGGCAUGGUGGGCUCUGGCUGUGAGGGGUGAGGCCUGGGACCCCACACCAGUGUAGGGUGGCCAGUGGCCUGGCCUUGGCGGGCAGCCACCCUGCUGCCCACCUGUGCCCUGCGCAGUAUUUAUUGCUAAAUUAUUGUCCAGGAGGGGUGGCGCUCAUUCUGGGCAAACCCCCCCGGGUAUUUAUUGCUGUAUAUAGUGUACGUUUGUGAUAUAUAAGGUUUUCUUUAUUUUGUAUAUGAUCAAUAAACGCCUUUUAAACAGA